GAACGAUUCCUCCAUCUACUCCCUGGCGAUAAAUAAGUGACCUACAAUGUCGACAUUGCCGGUGUUAAAGGGUUAAACGUACUCCUUAUAAUUAAGACUUUAUAAGAGAAGAUUAAUAAAAACAUUGAUUGGAAUGUAAUGAGAAGUACAAGAUGACACAGUUUUUAAGCAGGCUUCUUCGAUACGGCUCAAUUCAAGUUGUCAAGAAUACUGGUAGUGUUCGUAAAUUGCAUACUGCAUCGCUCUUGAAAGGUUACGAAGGCGAAGGGAAAACUACCGCAACGGUCUUGAACAUAGAUUAUUCUUAUGGACUUAUGAUAGAUGGCUGCAGUGUGUUAGGAUUUCAAUUAAACAAUGGUAUAAAUGUCAUUGGUCCAAUGAUAAUAUUUCCCAAAACUGUUCUAAAUUGGAACAUUGCUUCCUCUGAACACAUGAACGAGGACAGUUUUGCAUUGUUUUCUGUACUGUAUCCACAAGUUGAUAUAAUGGUAAUUGGAUUGGACGAUAAAUAUCCCCAUAAAGCUCCAUUUUUGGAGAAUGUACGAACGAUAUUAAAAAACCUAGACGUGUCAUUUGAAAUACAUACUACUUCGCAAGCAUGUAAAAUGUUUAAUUUCUUAAAUGCCGAUAAUCGGUCUGUAGCGGCAGCUAUGGUACCACCGAAAGAUGUUCUAUCGCAUAAGAUGAGGAACAUACAGAAAAUUCGCGCAGAGAGAGAGAGGGAUGAUAAAUGGAAGAAUGAAUAGUGCCAAUUAAGGAAGCCCAAGCCAAGUAGUACGCUAUCUCAAACUCAAAACACUAAAAAUCACCUAACGAUUCCACAUUUCCCGUUAGUUUCUAUGCGCUAACCUUAAUCUCCCUCAAAAUAUUACAUUAUGAAACUUUGAAACAACUGCGAAAAUCCUGUCAAAUUAAAUGUAUCGCUGCUCUUACUCCAUCUGUACAUAUGUAAAUGAUUUAAUUCAAUAAAAAAAAUUAUUAACCCAGAA